AUGGCUUCGGCGCUGCGGAAUCCUUGGAUCCAUCUCUUAAUCGAAGAGCAGCUUACGGCUGCCUUCGAACAGUUCAAGGACGUCCUCGUGCCUGGUCAAGAUCUACAAAUGGGUCACUGUUAUUAUGAACGCAAAUCUGGUUCGAUAGUGCAUGGAAAGCCAGGGGAACAGCCUGAAGGCUAUGCUAUCUCGGAUGGUACCCAUAAGAUCUGUGUCGCCUUUGACCUGGCUGCUACGGAUGCUUUCAGGAACAAAGAUGGCCGGUCUGUUUACGAGAUACACCGAGGCAUCAUUGUCCUUGGAAAAUAUGACCUUGGUGGCGAGGGUUCACAGCAAAUUGGGCGACCUGGCAAUGUGUCAGAACAUGAGAGGAUCAAAGUUCUGCUUGGCAAGCUGGAGAACCUAUUUGCUGGCGCUGGGACCCUUGCUCAACCACCACCCUCCACAAUCCGCUCCCAGGAAGACGACGCAUCAGAUGAAGUCGUUCCGUCCCUAUCUAAUGAUACUCAGGCUGGAUUUGCAACCCAGGUAGACUACAGGAAAGAGAAUCGCAGACAUGAUCAAGAGCAGCUAUCGAAGAGAGGCACAGCAGACUUAGCGGCCAUUUUGAAGAGUAGAGCUGCCCAGAUCCCAAACAUCAGAAAGGCGAAUGGUAAUGACAGCAAGUCGUUGAGUCCUCUACGGUCAUCCGACAGCUCUUUCGACAGCCGGAGCAUAAGGACCAUGGAAAAUGAUAUAGCACCGUCCAACUCAAACUUGGACCACAAUGAAAGUGAGAGUAGCCAGGAAAACACAAAAAGCCUGGAAAUUUCAGCCCCACAGCUGCCUCCAACUGUUUCACAACCUGCCGAACUCAAUGAUCCAAACAAACUCCCGUUGUUCGUCGACCAGCUCCAGCAAGACAAUCCUUUCGAAGGGCUCAAGCGUAUACCCCGCCGUUAUGUAAGAAUUCCUGGAGACCAAAAGGUUUUGUUAGAAAGCCAAGACAGCUGGUUCAAGCCAAAUUUGGACGGCCGUCCUCGGUACGCCGCAAUUCCUGCUCAGGCUCUUAGUGACGUAACGCGGUUCAUGGAUCGGGAUCGAAACGCAAUACUCCAGAAAAGCCAGGGUAGCAAAUUGGCCAGUAGCUCGUCCGGGUCAGUGGAAGAUAUCGAGCAGGGCUCCGCUGCUGAAGAAGGCUCAUCGGAGAGUGAUAGUGAUAGGGCUGAGGAUAUGGAUCAGAGCAAUAGAAAAAGUCAGGCCAAGCUGCAAGUAACAAGCAGGAACUUCUCCUCCAGUGGACCAGAUAUUGUAGAGGAUGUUGACGAAGAGGACGACGAUGAUUGCAUGUCUUGGUCACCCUCUCCAGAGCCAGAAAAAGCCAUUUCCCAGCAGCUUGCCAAACCGCAAAGAUCAAGUGGCAAUCAGUCAAGCCAGAUGACAAAUAGCUAUGGCGGAGCUCCACAACCGUGGAAACCUGGACCAAAGACUUUUGUUCGGAAGCCUAUCGACAUCCCUCCGAGUAGUCCCACAGGUGUAGAGGAACUGGAGCUGGCUCCGAUACAUGCCAUAGGAGACGUGAUCGAAGCUGGGGACGUGCAGGAAGGAGCUCGUCCGGAUUCCUCGCAGGAACUGCCUUCCUCACAUUCUCGGAGCUCAAAGUACGUUCAGGUAGAGCAAACGCCACUCUCGAAAUCCCGCACGCCCGGCCACGCACCAUCUCGCCAGAGUUUGACAAGGGGGCUGGAUGCAGAACAACACGCCUCAGGAAAUAUCUCGUCCGAUCCAAUUAUCCCUGCAACUUUUAAUGAUACCAGUAGCUCGAGCAAGCAUGUGUCGAGCUCAACAGAGCAGAAAGAAACUGAAAAGAUCACGGUGGCUCUUCCUACUUUGGAUCCGGAUUGUACACCACUCCGCUCCCAAAUAAGUCCUAGUAGCAUCUCGAGAUCGAGAGAGGACGAGAGUGGGCUGCAUGUAGGUAUCGGUUACUCAAAUGAACAAUCACCCCACGCCAUAGUCAGCGCUCGAAGAAUGGACCCUCCAAGAAGGCUUGAUAUCCUUCCAGCCAGUUCUGCACCAGCUCCGCCUGGCAAUCAACAAAUGCUAAACAGUUCUCAAAACCCUACAUUUUCACAAAGCAUUCCAGCUUCCUCACCGCCUGGUCUGGUUUCUAGCCAGAUCAAUGAAGCCGAGCAGCAAUGUGCAUCUACAGACAAGAUUCCGGGUGUCCCGAAGCCAUCAAAAAAGCAUCGAGCGACUGGGUCGGAUAUGAUAACUGAAAAACGUGUGUACAGCAAGUUGAAUCGCUCAAUGCGUCCCAUAGCCGAAUCUCAAGUGGAAAUGAACCCGGAAGCCGAUAUGGAAAGAAAUCAAAGGAUCCGGCGAGAAAUUCAACAAGCGAUACAGGAGGCGAACAGGAUUGUGGCAGAACAGAAUGCUGCCAAUACUACCGAGUCUAUUGUAGACGAGGAAAUUCCUGCCGAGGCACAUGGUGGUCCAGGCGAUUCAGCCAGGUCGAAGGACGCCCGCAAGGCUGUUCCUCUUAAAAACUUCAAAGAACUGCUCUACAGCACUGAGUCUGAAGAACAAAACAACGCCGGAAAUGCUCGCCGACCAUCUGACCGUCAAACCACGCGAUCGCUUGCACCAACAACUCCGAUAGAAGUGGGUGUUCGGGGGGCGAUUACCAAACCAUUUAUUGAUGCGCAGCCGAGAAGGAGCAGUAAACCUGAACUGGUGCAAGAAGAUGAUAUCGUUGAGCAUCAAACACCUCAGAAUUAUGACGAAAGACCGGAGCCCUCAGCAAAUGACAUUCCUCGAAGAAACGAGAUUACCCCUGCGGAGGACGCCGCGUUAAGCGAUACGGUUCAGUCCAUAUAUGAUAGAUACAAAUCGCACUAUCCAGAUUAUUGCGGCAACGAGUGGUGUUUUACCAAAGCGUUGGUUUACAUGGAAUGGAUGGAGGAAUCAGGCAAUGGCCUCCAUCGAUUUCUGUGCGACGACUUCUUAAGAGUCUACCCGGAAUAUGAGGCGACCAUCAUCAAGCUUUCUCCUGAAAAGAGAGUAACAGGCCGAGUUUACUACAACAAGAACAUUCAGAGACCAGUGUAUCAGCAAGGUAUCAUUGUACCCGAGAACUUCUCGGCUGACCUAUUAACACUCAACCAGAAAGAUGUUGAGAAAGUCAGAAGCAGGUUCAAUACUCCAGCGCCCGUAGCCGAGUCGAAGGGGCAAGCUGUCUCGCCGGUAACUGCGCCUGUUGAGCACGUGGAGGAGACUAUUUCUGCGACUCCUUCCCCAUUAAGGGCCCAAGUGCUUGGUCCGGGGCAGCCUAGUCCUAUAUUGGGCUGUUCCGACAGGUUCGUACGCCCACACGCGAGGGAGAGAUUUUUCGAGACUCCAAGCCAAUUACAAAAUACUACCAACCAGCCUGAGUUGCCGGCCGAUUCGGAGGCAAGCGUGAAGACGACUAAAACAACUAAGCGAGCCCUCCCAUGGAUUCCAAGUAACCCGGCGCAGAAGUCAUCUCUACCAGAACGACCAACUCAAAUCCGCCCUAGAAAUGGAUCCUCGGGAAGCACAAAGCGACAACUCACAACUGACCAGUCCCGUCGAAAAACACUACCUCCCUAUUUGCGAGCACAGACUUCGAAGUCCUCGCCCGCUAACAGAGCAGAGGAGGAACCCAGACCCGUCUCCCGAGAUCGCACAUCAUAUAAAGCACCUUCCGGCCUAAGCUCGGAAAGUGCAUUCCUCGCUGCAAGCUCCUCUCCCGAAAUUCACGGCUUCACUGAGCGAUGGGUUGCCGACCUUCAAUUAUCCGAAGGAGCACUUGCGGGAUCAACACAAAUUGCACCACCCGCCCAACCUGUCAAAAGAGACGCCUUUAAGGAACAAUUACAGCCCAUUAGGAACUCGAGCGGACAGUCUUCAACAAAAAGAGAGCCACGCCGUAAAUUGUCCUACGCUGAUUUCGUGGCUCAACAGGUUCUGCGGAGGAGGGCCAGUGGUGGGUUGUCAUCGAGAGGUAGUACGCCGAGGAAAAGCACUGGGUUUUGUACGACGCCAAAGGAGAGGGACCCCAAAGUGUUUAAGGAGCCGGAGACGCAGCCUUGGAAUUGA